AUGUCAAACUCGGUCCCCCCCUGCCCCAAAGAGGAUGACUGCGGGCAACCCGAGGAGCUCUCGAGCACGCUGCAAAGUUCGGAGAGUCUGCAAGUCGCAGAAGAACCGGAGUCUUUUUCUCACAAUCAAAACAAAUCCAGCUUGCUUCACAAACAGGAAGAGGAGGAACCACCCUCCGCUGUAAAUUCUGGGGUAAUACCGGAAAUCAGCGACAGCGAGCUGAGCGCAGGGGCCGGACUUGAGGGUGCCGUGGAGCCCCCGUGUUGUGGAGCAGAGCAAAAGGGAACUGGAAUGAACUCCCCCGAUCAGGGGUUGGAGCCAGGGGACCUGGGCGAACAGAAUAAUUUCCACCAGGAGGUAGAAACGGUUGAAGAAAGAACUGCUGGCGGUAGCUCUGGGCUGCCCACUUCCUGUAAUGCGGGUAUGGGGCAAGCAGAAUGCAGAAGCUGUACGGGGACUGCGGACGGUCCCGCUGGGGUCCCGCAGGGAGGGGAGAACGGGGAGAGCGACGACAGUCCCUCUGAAUCUACAGCUGUGGAAGUAUCUGCAGCCCUAAUGGUGGAUCCUGCCGCGUCCUGUUUGGUAGAUGUCGGCGAGGUUGCUGCCUGUAGAGAUGGGGAGGAUGUACCUGAGCAGCCAGUGGGUCCUCAAAGUAACGGGGACUUAGGCGUUGACACAGACACUGGUCCCGUUGAGUCUGGGGGCUGCAGAACGGAGGGGGCAGACGUUCAGGCUGAUAGCGCGAAUAACCAUUUCACAAAACAUUCAGAGGAUCCUGAGCUCCCAGCGAAGGAAGUGCAGAGGUCGGAAGCUGCAGUGGUGAACACAGCACCCAAAUGCGACCCCCUUUUGGAAGCGAACGAUAACAAGCAGCAAGCAGUGAUUGUGGAUACUGGGACGGCGGUUACGGAUUUGAGGGACGGUGGGCAGGAUGAUAAUUCUGGUGCCAAAGUGGAAAAUAACGGGCCCGAUAUGAAGCCUGAGGCUGCUUGUACCAGCGAUAGGACAGGACAGCUUGUGGCUGGCGUGGAGGGAGAGCAAAAAAACUUCGAGCGGGCACCACUAGGAACUGAAACUCCAAGCUGUAGCUGUGCAGGAACUGCUGAUCCAACCGGCCUCCGUCAGGGGGAUGUCGCUGCAUGCCACGCUCAAAAAGAAGGGGUUGGGAAAGAUGAAUCUGGUAGCUCUUCUGAACUGUGCACCAGCCCUGCGCAUGCCUGUGAGCUGGUUCCAGACAGCCCUGUGGCGUCGUCCCCUGCCAAAGAUAGCGGGCCCCCUGAAAGCCUAGAGGUUGCAGAAAGCAGUUGCAAGGUGGACGGCUUUAGCCAAAGCGCCGAGGACGAAAUCCUUGCCGUGGCUGCUGCCUUGCUGGACGAAGUGAUCCAACAGGCUCAGCUGAUUGUCGCUAAGGAUGGCAGCACCGCAGCGGCCCCUGCUGGCCAGGAAGCAUCUCUGCACCCGGAGGCCCUUGCCCUACCUUUGUGUGGCGAGGGCACGGAGUGUGUGCAGGGUAAUUUAAUGGGCACACCCUGUGCUGUUCAUCAUGAGGGAUCUACACAAAGCCAGGAAGUUGCCGCGGAGGCAGCCACCCAUCUGACGACACUCGUCCGGCAGGGAAGCCCUCUGCCCGACGAGUUGCCAGCAGGGACGCUCCUGCCUGUGGAUAACCCGGAAAAAAACAAAGAGGACGGCUCUUCCUCGCAGCUGUCUGCAAGCAGACCGGGGCAGGAGCCGCCUGGCAAGGCAGAGUGUUUUCCCGAGGCCCCGGCGUCCGAAGCUGUUGCACAAUCUCCUCUCUGCAAUCGGGGCGAGGAGCUCCGCGAGAGCGAUGGUAGCACCGAGCCUGGAUUAAAGGUGGAAGCUUUCGGCCUGGGGGCGGAGGAGAAUGUGAACGCAGGUGCUGCCGCGGGUGGCUUGCAAGGGCCUGCCUGUGCCGAUGGGGCUCCCCGUCCUCCUGAGACUAUGCUGAGCCAAGAACCAGAGCCUGGCCCCGAUCUAGAGGCCGGCUCUCCACCUAGCGGAAGUUCCUUUCUCGGGGAAGCUCCUCUGGUCAGCAGUGACUCACCUGUGCUGGCCGAGCUGCCUCACGAUGGGGAGGAGGUGGGAAAUGUGUCUCCCAGGAUAUUGCUACAGCCAAUCGCGGAAGAGCCCCCAGGUGACUGUGACUCUGGCCCCGAAGGGUUCUUUUUGGCCGGCGAAGAAGGGCCGCUUCGGCUAGAGGUCGUGGCUCGACCUAACAAGAGCAAAAGGAAAGCUGAGCCAGAAUCCCAGGUUUUGGCACUGUUACCCUGUUCCCUCGUGGAAAAAGCGGGAGCAAAAGAUUCAGCUCAAGUUGUGGAUGUUACCUUUGUUGAUAAGACAGCAGAAAACCUCGAUCGAGCGACGUUGCCGCAGGGUUCCUUGGGAUCUGUAGCUGGAAACCCCGUGGGAACUCCCCCUCUAGUGAAAUUGAGGCCUGAUAACCAGCAUGUGAUGGUUGCUGAUGGAGAAACGGAGUUAAAUUUGCAGUUUGGUGGAUCGAUGAAGAGGGCUGCAAACCUGGAGGCGGCGAGAUCCUCUCCUGUUACAGACUCUUUUGAGGUGAAAAGGGAAGAGGAGAUGGACUUUUUGCAAGGCCUCGCGGAGAAUGCCGCUUCGGAAGCAAUCAUUAACCGGGACAGCUGGUGCCCCGUUGAACCUUCCUCGGACCCUUCACUACUGGAGCCGAAACGUGCUUGUAACUCGGCAGAAAGCAGCAGUUUCCUAGAGGACGAACUAAGUGGGGAUUGCACCUUGACGCAAGACCUCCUUAAGAGGGAAUCUGGGAGCAAGUCUGGCUUUUUCCCUCUGCCGAGCGAUGGGGUGGAUGAAAUCGACUUUGGAAAGCAUGAAGAGGAGCAAUCAGCCGGAGACAGUACAAGUUCUGGUUCCUCCGCAGACGAUACGAUAUCCCUGGAAAGGAACUCUUCCCUAGGGAGUGACAUUUCGCUCCCUCAGGCCGUGAACUCCCACCGGCUCCCGGACCGGUACGGCCUGGAUGGCGGCUGCUGCAACGCAGCUAGCGGCGAGGGGCCCGACGGUGAAUUUGCUGUCUCCGGAGAACUAGAGGAAGAGCUGGACAGCAUCACGGAAGUGCCUCCUCACUCUUCGGUCCUGAGGAACUCUAUGAGACCGUUGUCCCCUUUCCGCCGGCACAGCUGGGGCCCAGGAAAGAAUGCCAGCAGCGAAGCGGAGGUCAACCACAGGAGUUCAAUGCGAGUGCUGGGAGAUAUUGCAAGGAAGCCUCCCAUCCAUAGGAGAAGUUUGAGCUGGUGUCCCUCAGGUGUCCAGUGCAAUGCCAUGGGUGGUGACUUAAACGGCCGAAGUUACAGCUUGGAAGGCCUUGCAGGGGAGGCUGAUCGUACUAAGAAGCCUUCCUCAAGUCUUGAGACGGCAUCGCUGAACGCCAAGGACCUCCAGCAAAGCCCCCUGGCCAGUGAUGAGCGGGGAUCGUUGGUCUCCUUGACCGAAGAGGAACUGGAAUCUGAGCAAGGGGAAAUGGGAGGAUUUGAUCUCCAGAGACGCAAAAGAUCCCAGCCACAUGCCUUCAGCUUCGGUGCGCAUCCUGUGGUUUCCCCGCUGACCAAGUCCACCUCCUUGAUGGCCAUCACCCAAACUGGACCAGACAGUAGUCGAUCUUUUGGUGGCAGCGGCAGCAAUGUGGUCCCUCAAAGCAUUUGUGAGGAAAGCGGCAAUUUCCUGCCUCCAAGUCCCUCCAGAAAAGACUUGGAAGGCAAAAGCGGAACAAAAGUGAGUCGGACGUUCAGCUACCUGAAGAAUAAAAUGUCCAGUGGUAAGAAAAGCAAAGAAAAAGAGAGAGAUAAGGAGAAAACCAAAGAGAGGGAUGCCAAGGAGAAGGAGAAGGACAAGAAAACCAUCAAUGGACAUGCCUUCAGCACGAUCCGAACGGUGGGGCCCAUGAUCUGUUUCCACUGUUCAAAGACUUUUAACAAAGAUUCCUUAGUAUGUGCAAAUUGUGACAUCAUCGUUCAUAAAAGCUGCAUGGAGACCACGAUAGCUUGUGGCAAGGUCAAACUGAAGAAAGGCGGCCUUCAGACUCAUGAUACAUCCUCAUUACCUACAGUAAUUAUGAGAAACAAGAGUUCUCAGCCAAAGGAGAGACCCCGGUCUGCGAUUCUGGCCCCGGAUGAGACGGCUGCUCCCCCCGUCUUCAACAGCAGGAGGUCCCAGCAGAACAUGUCCCUUUCCAAAAGCGUCUCCAUCCAGAACAUCGCUGGAGUUGGAACCGAUGAAACCGUACUACACACUUGGAAGUUUCUUUCUCAGUCCACAGACUCUUUGAAUAAGAUCAGCCGAGUGAACGAAUCCAUGGAGUCAUUAACAGAUGAAGGUGCGGAUAUGAACGAAGACCAGCUCAUGGGAGAUUUUGAAACGGACUCCAAACAGCUGGAAGCAGAGUCUUGGAGCCUGGUGGUGGACGGCAAGUUCAUGCGGCAGCAGAAAGAGGACGUUGUAAAGCGGCAGGACGUCAUUUACGAACUGAUGCAAACGGAGAUGCAUCACGUCCGCACCUUGAAGAUCAUGAGCGACGUGUACAGCAGAGGGAUGGUGCAGGAGCUCCAGUUCGAGCAGCAGAUGGUGGAGAAGGUCUUUCCCUGCCUCGAAGACCUCCUCGCCAUUCACAGCCAGUUCUUCCAGCGGAUUCUAGAGAGGAAGAAAGAGUCAUUUGCGGACAGAGGUGACAAGAACUUUGUCAUCAAGAGAAUCGGAGACAUCCUGGUACAUCAGUUUUCAGGCGAGAGCGCCGAGCGAAUGAAGAAGACGUACGGCAAGUUCUGCGGGCACCAGAACGAGGCAGUGAAUUACUUCAAAGACCUGUAUUCAAAAGAGAAACGGUUUCAGGCAUUCAUGAAGAAAAAAAUGAGCAGCUCUGUAGUGAGGCGGCUGGGCAUUCCGGAGUGCAUCUUGCUAGUGACGCAGAGGAUCACCAAAUAUCCGGUCCUGCUGCAAAGAAUACUGCAGCACACCAAAGAAAACAGCAGGGAACAGGAAGAUCUGGUGCAGUCACUGAACCUGGUGAAGGAAGUCAUCGUUGCUGUGAACAGCAAAGUCAGCGAGUACGAGAAGAAGACGCGCCUGAACGAAAUCUACACCCGGACGGACAGCAAGUCCAUCAUGAGGAUGAAGAGCGGGCAGAUGUUUGCCCGGGAGGAUUUGAGGCGGAGGAAAUUCGUCCGGGACGGCCCAGUCUCCCUGAGGAAUGCAGCUGGGAGACUGAAAGAGGUCCUGGCUGUUCUUCUCUCGGACGUUCUGAUAUUCCUUCAGGAAAAGGAUCAGAAAUAUGUAUUUGCAUCUCUGGAACAGAAAUCCACUGUGGUCUCGCUAAAGAAGCUGAUAGUUCGAGAAGUAGCCCAUGAAGAGAAGGGCCUGUUCCUGAUCAGCAUGGGAGGGAAAGACCCUGAGAUGGUGGAAGUCCACGCCAGCUCCAAGGAGGAGCGCAACAGCUGGAUCCACACCAUCCAGGACACCAUUAACACAAUGGACAAAGACGAGGACGAAGGCAUCCCUAGCGAAUCGGAAGAGGAAAAACGGGUGCUGGAUAUCAAAGCCAGGGAACUGAGAGAGCAACUCCUGCAGAAAGAUCAGCAGAUCAUAACGUUGCUGGAGGAGAAAGAGAAGAUCUUCCGCUGCAUGACUGACUGCAGCGGCCACGAGGACGGCUCCGGGGCCAGGACGUUGUUCCGGGCCAACACGGAAGAGGCGCCCAAGGGGGAGAGCAUUAUGAAGAAUGUGCUCAAUGAAGUUGAGUUAUUGCAAAGACUGGUGAGCAGGCAUUUGGGGAAUGCCCUUGGGCAGCAGAUAUGCAGCCUCACCUCGGAGGGAGACGGUGUCGGGCCCGUCUCCCUCCCCAGGAGGGCGGAGACGUUCGGAGGAUUUGACAGCCACCAAAUGAAUGUAUGCAAAGGUGGGGAGAAAGAUGAAGGAGACGAUGCCCUGGAUCUUCGGAGGACAGAGUCAGACAGUGUUUUGAAAAAGGGUGGAACGGUUAAUUUGAUGCUCAUACUGAAAAGGAACAAUGAGCAAGUCCUCCAGAGUAUCACCGAGCUGCACAGUUUACUUGGCACAUUGCAGGCCGUCGUCGUGCAGCAGGACACCUACAUCGAGGACCAGAAGCUGCUCCUGACCGAGCGGCUCCUGAGCCGCGGCUCCUUCCGGCCCAACUCCCUGAUCGAGCAGGAGAAGCAGCGCAGCCUGGAGAAGCAGCGGCAGGAGCUGGCCAACCUGCAGAAGCAGCAGGCCCAGCACCUGGAAGAGAAGCGGAGGCAGGAGAGGAAGUGGGAGGCCCGGGAGAAGGAGCUGGCGGAGAGGGAGGCCCGGCUGGCCCAGCAGGAGGAGCAGGCCCAGAAAGCCCACCAGAGCCUGGAGAAGGAGCGCGAGGAGCUGCAGCUGAGGAAAGCCGCCUACCAGCUCGACCUGGAGCACCUCCGGGCGGCGCAGAAGCAGCUGGAGAAGGAGAAGGAGCAGCUCCGAAGGGAGACGGAACGGAUGGCCCAGGCGGAGCCCGGCCUCGGUCUGCUCUCCAACCAGCAUGCCAAGAUGGUCAGGACCCCGUCUCUGCCUGAGGACUCAUCCUCCAAACAGCCAAGCUCUUCCCUCCCCAAAGACAGACACACGGACACAGGGAUCUUACCCAAAAGGAGCAGUGUCUCGAGGACGCACAAAGAAAAGAGCACUUUCCACUUACUCGGCACGGCAUCCUCCAACCAAACCAACAAGCCAGCCGAGGGGCACAGCCAGGCGCCCAACCGUCUCUUCGGCUUGGCCAAGGCCAAGGACAAGAAGGAGAAGAAGAAGAAGGGCAAAGGGCACCGUUCCCAGCCUCCUGAUGCUCACUCGCCAGAAGGAGCACCGGAGGGUGAGGAGAUCUUCUGUUGA